AUGGCCACUCCGGUGUUGACCUCCCCUCGACUCAUUCUUUCGAUGCAUCGCUCAACAAGGCCAUCAGAUAGGGAAUAUGUCCCUGUUCAGACCAAAGAGACCAACUCACUAAAUGAUGAUUCUUCAGAUUCAGAUAUUGCUGCAGCGAGGUCGAGAGAGCACCAAAGACGGAACCUCUCAUGUUUUCUCGUUUACAUACUACCCUGGGUACUCACAGUGAUGUUUGCAAUAUUAUCAAUCAUACUUCUUGCUAAGCUAUAUACUCAAUCUCAAUUGGGAACAUACGAAACGAACUUCGCAACCGACUUUUCUUUCCCAAUACGAACUCCCCUAGAGAAGAUCCAGUUCCGGGGCAGUCCGCAUUUUCAUAACAACGGCACGCCCUGGAUAAAAGACCCAGACGAGACAGCACCAUGGCCAGAGAACGUGAGAUAUGUUGGUGAACCAAGCCAAGAGCUCGAUGAGAACUGGCAGAGGCUCAUUGGCAAACGGUACUUCUCUAUCUCGGACGAGGAGGCCAAAAGAGCUUGGGGAGAUAAGAGGCAUGAGUUCGACAUGUUUCAUACGUUGCAUUGCAUUAAUGAGCUUCGCAAGGCGUUGCGUCCCGAAUACUACCCCCCGAACUCUCAUACGCUUCAUGGAGCACUUCAAAACGGCAUGUCUCCCAUUAACUGUUCUUACUAUGUUGCUCUUCUUGAAGGCUCACGGCUAACCUCCAUGCAAGACCAUUGUUUAGAAAUGCUUCGCCAAACAGUUCAAUGCUAUGGCAGCACAGCUCUGAUACCCACAAAAUUCAUGGAGGGUCUUGAACAUAAUUAUAUUGACUCAGAUCAGCUUCAUGUUUGCCGUUCAUUUACUGCCAUUCGAGAUUUCACGGACUCCAGAAUGCCAGGCAGGGACAGAUAUGUCACUCGGGACAAGUCUUUGUUGGAUGAUAGGAAGCAUGCGAUUGCGAAAGCAUUGGGGAAGACCAAUGGCGAUAAUUCAAAAGGAGGGGCGUCGUAA